ACUGAGCCGGCGAUUAAAAAAAUUCAAGACAAUACGGCUCGGGUCUAGGCUUUCAUUGGGCCUUAUUUACGGCUUUAGCUUUCGGAUUAAACUUGAAUCUUAUUUUCCAAAGAGUUGAGUUCAAAAAACCGGUUUGAUAAUGCAUUUAGCGAAUUUUAAUCGCAGGAAUUGGCGCGUUCCGGGUUUUGAUGAGCAUAGAGCCUGAUUCUCCACUAAAACCAACAAAGGUCCAACUAUAAGUUAAUUGUUGUGAACAAUGAGAUUGGUUCAGUUUCAAUACGAACAUUUAGAAGAAAAUGAGAAUGAUGAGGAAGUAUAUCUUGGUGUUCAAAAAGAUGAAGACGAAGAUAUUAUUCUCUUGCCUGGAACAAUGCAGAAGAUUAUUGAAGGUGGCCAGGAGCUCUUAGAUGAGACUACUGUUAAGAUCAGAUUAGCGGAACUGAAUGGAACAUUAGAAACUGUCUCGCUCAGCAAUGUUCAGUUGGUUGCUCCGAUAACCAAACCAAAUAAAAUCCUCGGCAUUGGUCUCAACUACAAAGAUGGCGCCGAUGAAAUGGGGAAGCCGUAUCCUGAAGCUCCGAUAGUAUUUAUCAAGCUACCUUCAACUAUUUCGGGUCCAACCGAUCCAUUACCGCUGCCUAAUGAAUCCAAGGAGGUGGAUUGGGAGGUUGAAUUAGUAGUUAUUAUUGGGAAGAAAGGCAGAUAUAUAAAGAAAGAAGACGCCCUAGAUUAUGUGUUUGGAUAUACAGUUGGUGUUGACUAUACUGCAAGAGAUCUUAUUCAGAAGAAUUCCGGACUCUGGACACUGGCCAAGAAUUUCCCUGGAUUUUGUUCUCUAGGGCCUGCUGUAGUCACAAAAGACGAGAUACCCCUACCCCUUGCUCUAAAGUUGAGUACAGAAGUGAACGGAAAACUGAAACAGAGUAGCAAUACUUCUAAUAUGAUUUUUGAUAUCCGUGACCUAAUAUCCUAUUUAUCUAUCUAUUAUGACCUUCUACCUGGGGAUCUGAUACUGAGCGGCACACCAGCCGGGGUCGGGGUCACAAGGUCUCCUCCAGAGUUCAUCAAAAGAGGAGAUAUUAUCAAAUGUGAAAUACAGAAAAUUGGUUCAAUUGUCAAUACAGCAAUAAUGACGAUGCCACAAUCAUAAAAACUUUAAACAUUUAUAUUUAAUUUUAAUGAUUAAUUGGACACUGAUUAGUGAUUACUCGCCACAAAUUCUAAAUUUAUUAUUCCUAUAUCUUUGCAACAUUAUAUACACUAAACUUUGAUAUUUAAAACUUUGAAUAUUUCAUUAGAGAUCACAGUUUGAGAAGUGAAAAGUUUACGUGGUCAGGUUGCAAAGAUGAAAAUCAGAAAAUUAAAGCUUAAGGCGACUAACAGUUUCAUACUGUAAGAUAGAAUUAAAAUUUACAAUAAAUAUAUUAACAGUUUA